UCCAGACCCCUUCUGAUGUAGGGGAAAAUUUAACGCUGUACUUUUUUCUAUGUGCUGGAUUGCUGCCUUUUGUUAAUCGCUGUCUUGUCAUGUGUAUUAAUAAAGCACUCAUGUUGUUUAUUUGAAGUAAGCAACGCUACUUUGUGGUGUCAAAUUCAAUUUAGCAAUUCCUGUGCUAUGGAUGAGAAUUAUAACCGAAGUUCAAAAGAAGAGAAAGAGAGAGUGUGCUCAUCGUCGAGUAGCAGUGCAAUGUCGGAUUGUCCAAGCACGAACGGAGGUGGUGUUGUUGGUGUCAAAAAGAAGCCUGUUGUUGUGAAGCAGGAACCCGAUUUAGCUCCAUCAACCACUGGGCCAGAUGACGUUUCGGACUACGCCCAGAAUACGAUGAAUGAACUUCUCGCUAUUUAUGGAUACGAGGGCGUGGACAAGUCUGUAACGCGCCAAUUGCACCUCAUGAACUUCUCUCAGAAGCAAGAUGAGCUUGAAGAAGCAAACCGUUGUGGCCAGAAUGUUUCUGAGCGUGAAGAUGAUUCUAAUUCUCAAGAUUCUCUUCAUCUCCAAUCUGCAUCCCCGCGUCUGUCAUCAAACGGAUCUGCUGAGCAACAGCCAGUCUCCACUUCACGUGAUCAGGAGGUUGCAGGGUCAUCAGAUAUGCGGAGUUCCUCGCUCAAUGAUCCUGAUAAUCGAAUUCUGUGUGAUUGGUGCAAGUCAUACCGACCAAAGUGUUUUACCUUGAGUACGUCAACGCAGACGAAGGCAUUCUGCAGCGAACGUUGUUUUGCCUCCUGUCGGAGAGUGUACCUUAAAUACAAUAAGAAGAUUUGUAACUGGUGCAAGCACAGUCGACAUAAUUGUGAGUAUGUCACAUUUCGAAAUGGAAGCCAGACUUUGCAGUUCUGUAGUGGGAAGUGUUUGUCUCAGUUCAAAAAAAAUGAAGGCAUUGCCACCGAGAUGAACUCAAAUCCCUAUGAUGCAGACACAGUCUAUCCUGAUGGGAAGAAUAUGGAUAAGUUUCCAAACAGAUCAUCGCUGGAUCCCAGAGGCAGUGGUGAUGCUUCACCCCCUGAGCCUGUUGGUCAUGCUAUCAAACAAUCGAACGAUGGAAGAGCGGUUCUAGUAAGUCCAAAGUAUAGGAGUCAGCCAUUGAAUCUCACCUCAUCUUUACCAGGCGUAAACACCCAAUUCAAUUUACUGCCAACAACUCAGUUAAUGCCGGGACAAAUGAUCAGUCCAUUCCAGACCAUUAACUCCCCUAUUUUUCAAUUUCCAACGUUCAUGCAACCACACCAAAUGCUUGUCCAACAGCAAUCGCCUUUGGUUGUCAACCAAAAUCUAAACCAUACAAAUCGAAGGGUGAACAACGCAACUCACGACCAAGAAAGAUACAAGCAUCAUGAGAGUGUUGAAGACAAUGGCCCAGAGAACUACCGUGCAUCUGAAAGCACAAGGGUCAACAGAAGUAAAAAGAGUUCAUCCAAUGGACAUAGACCAGAAAGAUCUUCACCACAACUGUGUUCUCUGUUACCACCAACUACCAUUAUGGUUCCUCAUCCUGUGUUUGUACCAAUACCAAUUCCAGUUCCAAUACCAAUUCCAGUUCCUGCUAACAAGUUUCCAAAGUCUUUUGAAAGAGCCUUCAACAACCAAGUACCGGAAGAAGAACCGACCUCCUCAAAAGUAAGCAGAGAACAUGUUGAUCGACAAGAACAAGAAUACAUAGAGCCGAGUGAAACAAUUGACAGUGGUAGAAACAGCCCAGUAGCUUCUCAUUUGAAUGUACAACAAAAAAGAAAGCUUUUACCAAAACCACAAAACAGUCCAUCAUACAUGCCAAACACCCUCCAUCCAUCAUACAUGAGCAUGUCAAGUCAUACUUCAGUAGAAAAUGCGAGCCCUAUCGAUCCCAUCUCCCUCCAACGUCCACAAUUUGUAAUGCUCAACCGCCCUCCUCCAAAUAAAUUGCCGAUUCCACGCAUGCCACGUAAACCGCAGUUAAAAGAUCGUUCUGACGAUGUUCAAAGGCUCAUUGAAAAAUAUCCCCGUCAGUUAAGUGCUAGUACAUCACAUAUAAACGGCAUGAGCGAGAAGAUGGGAAAUGCCGAGAGUUCCAGCAAAGUUCGAGAAGCUUUACGCUGUCAUUUAACGCGCCGUCUGUCGCAAUCUGCAGUUAAUCUUGUAGAAGCAUCAAAGUUGAAAUUGAGUCCAUCCGAUGAGCUUCGACGGAGCUUGAGUCUCAGCCGAUUGAAUGAGGACCAAGAAAAUAAACUUGCAUCUAAGGUAAGCCAUAGCUUAGGCAACCUGCAUGAUGGUACUGCCUCUGGGAGUUCCCGUGGUGCUACAGUGACUGAUGAACAGAUCCGACAGGAUGCAGCUCACAGUGCCAUCAGACCAGAGAGCCUCAAGCGACCUCUGGAUUCAGAUGUGUAUAGACUCAUGGAUCUUAAGUUGAAAAGGAAACGAUUCCUUGCAGAUAUGGACAAUACAUAAAAAUGUGAUUUAUUACUAUUCAAUUAUAUGGAUUUUAUAUCUGAAGUACCUGUUGUAUUCCUUGUUUACAUUGUAGAUAUAAAAUGUGCUUAGUAGAAUAGAAAUAUUUAGUAAAUUCUGUUUACUUAAGCAGUGCUUAUUUGCAUGUAAUUAAGAAAAGACUUAUUUUUUUCAUUAAAACUUUUAAUAAAAUGGCAGGUUCCAUUUUAAAGAGAUUUUUAUCAAAUAAUGCUUAUCAAGUAGAGUUUCAAGUUUUGGGACCCAGUGUACUCACUUCGAUCACGUGAUUAGGACGUGGCAUAAUAAUAAGCAUGUCUUUGGCUGCAUCAUAGACAAAGUCAUAUAAAAUAUAUGUUUCUUGCCCAUGAGGCCUGACCGACAAAAUGUUAAAAUUUUAAGGUGAAUUUUUUAAGCCCAAAAUACUUACCUGGUAUUUGAAAAGCAUUUUUUAAUAUUUAAUACAUUUUCUACCUUAACUUGAUUUUGGCUCAUUGACUACCAAUUAAAGGGUAUGAAGUGAGUAAUUGUUUACUUAGGUGUGAGACUAUAAUUUUUAAAUUCCGAUGAAGAAACACUCUUGAUUUCGAAUGUUGCUGCUUGGGCAACCAACAAUUUUUUUUGUGGGUCUUUUUGAUAUAAUACAUUCUAUUUAAAAUUUUGCUGAAUACUACUAUUUAGCUUUGAUAGUAAAAUGCUUUUGAUUAAAUAUUUUCAAGUUUAAAUUUCUUGCUGGACAAGGAAAGAGUGGAUAUAAAUUUUGUAAGUUAAUCAUCUUAUUGAGUAAGAAUGAAAAUAAUUU